AUGUUCUGGCGCAACGCCGACGCUCAGCAGCAGCAGGAACACGACGGUUCGGAUCAACAGCCGCAACCAGUGGACCAGGCGGUAGAUUCGGCCCAAGAUGCGUCCAGGCAACAGAACCAACCUACAAAGUCGUCGUUUUUCUUUUGGAAAUCUACAGAACCUGAACCUCCCAAGGAACAAGAGGCCCAGGGCGAAGCUGACGCUCUGACCGAGCCUCCUAAACUGGAUAGACCGUGGUACAGUUUCUUUCUGUCCGACACAGCACCAGAGACUCCUGAGGAUGCCAAUGCUACCACUACAAAGCAAAGCCUGUGGUUUUGGCCCUUUUCAAGUAAUGCGGAGCCAGAAUCGGAUACUGAAGACACAGACAAUGCUGAAGUGUUUCGGGCGGCCAGGGCAGUGCUAGAUAACUCCCGGGGAAACGCCCACUAUGCAAUCAAGUACGUGCACGGGUCGCUGGAGGCGGAGUUGGCCGUGUGUGGGACAAACACAGAGCAGGCGCCUGUGCCCUUCAGCAACAAAAAGGGUCCUGCGUUGCCCAACGAGCUUCUAGAGGCCAGUUUGGUGAGCUCCAAGGCAAAGCAGAAGGCGUUGGAGGAGCAGAAGGCUCAGGCGGAACAGAAGGCAUUGGAGGAGCAAAAGGCACGGGCAGAACUAAAGACUCAGGCGCAGCAGACGGCUAGAGCAGAGCUGAAGACUCAAUCUCCCGAGACAAAGGCUCCUAAGGCGACAAACCCACCAAAGGACGUCGCUCUACAAUCAAAACGUGAUUUGAAGGGGGAGCCCAAAUCUCUCGAAGCCAAGGAUGCACCGGUGAAAUCGACAUUGGAAGCUGCGGUUGCCUCACCACAGCAGUCUAGACACUCUAGAACGCCGUCUGUAAAUUCAACCUUAGAAAAGCCCCUGGUGCUUCCUAAUUUGAACAACAACUUCCGUGAAAUCACCCUAGUCACCAAAGCUCGCCUUUUGGGGGAAAAGUUCAUCAAGGGCGAUCAGACAAGCGAAAGGCACCUUUAUCUCAAUAAUGCAGGCUCUGUUAGUGCCAAAAAGAGAAAGCGUACGAAGAGAGUGGUGGUGAUAACUAUGCACAGUCUUCUCCCUCCCAAGUUCGUUAGAAAUUACGUUGCCCAGUCCACCGGCAGCGCAAAGCAAUUUGGCCUCAAGGCCAUCGACGCAUUCGUUCAUUGGCUUGACGAAAGAGAAGAUGAGAAGUUCAGCAGGGAGAUCAGUGCCAUUUGCCUCGAGGGUCAAGGGACCAUCACAGAACGCGUUCGAGAAUCGUUUCGUCUCUUGCGCAAUUGGAGGCACGAGAUCAACUCAGCUGACAUGAUCUUCUUUGUGAGCAGCUCCAUUGCUACUCCAGCUGCCAUCACCUUAUUCAGCGCCAUGCAUCAGAGCGAAGAGUUCCAUUUGCACAAAAAGAAGCUCGGCAUGCUCUCAAUGUCAGGGAUACACUGUGGGCCAUACCCUGGACUCAAUGCUCGAGUGGUGAUUAGAGCAUACUAUCAAGCAGAAAACGAGAUCAUCAAGGAGCUCUUUGAGUUGCAAAAGACGUCAUCAGACAUCUCCAAGCAGCUCAGCGCAGACACAAAGUACUUGUGUGAAAAUAAUGUCAAGAUGACGCUUGCAGGGUCGUUGAACGAUCAGUUUGUGCCAUUGUUCUCAUCCAUCGAUAGCCUUGUGAGCCACCCUAACAUCUACAAGUGUAUCUAUAUUGAUGAGAAUUGUCACGUUCCGCCAUUUCUCGUGAAACUUUUCCUGGUGAUCUUGACGAUGCAAAAUGUGGGAUACCUGGAUCAGAAUAUGGUUACUGAUUUAAGCGAGCGGCUCCAGGGCCCAGUCAACGUGAACAAUGGCUCGCAUGGGCGCAUCUUUGACAAUGAAGACGUGUAUGAGACAGGCAUUAGAUUUCUCAUGGAGACUACUACGUUGGUGCAUUCCCGGGCGCUAAAGUUUGAGAGGCCCGGGGCCGGGUUGAAAAGCAAAGUCGGCCCAGCGCUGGCCCCCAAGGAGAGCAAGGACACAAGCUCCAAUGCAACUACACCGGUGUCAUCAGCAGCAGCAAACGCGGCAAACGCAGCCAUGGCUAUAGCCACAGAAGACGUGUGGCACAGUGACAAAAAUCUAUACCAUUUACCGUGGAAUGUACGAGGGCUAGUCAAUGACUUGCUCGCCAUCAGGAACAUUGAGAACUUGCAAUUGCUAAAUGAGUUGGUCGAAGAGUACAAAAGGUGGCAGCCCACCAAGGCGUGGCGAGAGUUGAAGCUUUGUUUUGUAGCGUUUGAGGAUCUUUCACUCGACGACUUGAUGUUGUAA